CGCCCCGAAAUGCGCGCCGUGCACCAACACGAUCGGGAUUAAGCUGGAGUUCCUCCGAGACGCGACUCAGUGGCUCCUGGCGUCGUAGAGCAGCGGUCUGCAGGUAGAGAGAGAGAGAGGCUCCGGACAGCUGCCACGAAAAGAAGAACGCUCUGAUCUUUGGACCCGAAUCGGAUGCAGGCGAGCCGGUCAGCGAGGAAUGGGCGAUAGACAUGGCUCUCAGUAAUCAGCGAUCUCCUGCCUCCUCCACCUCUGGUGAUGAAGUCAACCUGGGGCCUUCAGCGAACCCAAAUGCGAGACCGACCGACUUCGACUUCCUUGCAGUCAUCGGCAAAGGGACUUUUGGAAAGGUGCUGCUCGCCAAGCUGAAGGCGGACAACAAGUUCUACGCCAUCAAGGUGCUGCAGAAGAAGGUGAUCCUGAAGAAGAAGGAGCAAAAGAACAUCAUGGCGGAGAGGAACGUCCUGCUGAAGAGCCUGACGCACCCCUUCCUGGUGGGACUUCACUACUCCUUCCAGACCCCGGAGAAGCUCUACUUCGUCCUGGACUACGUCAACGGAGGAGAGUUGUUCUUCCACCUCCAGAGGGAGAGGUGUUUCUCUGAGCCAAGGGCCCGGUUCUACGCCGCCGAGGUGGCCAGCGCCAUCGGCUACCUGCACUCCCUCAACAUUGUUUACAGAGAUCUGAAGCCUGAAAACAUUCUUUUAGAUGCCCAGGGUCAUGUGGUGCUGACAGACUUCGGGCUGUGUAAAGAGGGCAUCGAGGCCGAGACCACCACGUCCACCUUCUGCGGGACGCCUGAGUACCUGGCCCCGGAGGUGCUGCGCAAACAGCCGUACGACCGCACGGUGGACUGGUGGUGCCUCGGAGCCGUGCUCUACGAGAUGAUCUACAGCCUGCCUCCGUUCUACAGCCGCGACAUAUCGGAGAUGUACGACGGGAUCCUGCACAAGCCCCUCCCCCUUCGCCCGGGGAAGUCGGAAGCGGUGUGCGCGCUGCUCGUCGGCCUGCUGCAGAAGGAUCAGAACCGCCGCCUGGGCGCCAUCGCUGACUUUUUGGAGAUAAAGAAUCACGUCUUCUUCUCGCCGAUCAACUGGGAUGACCUUUACCACAAGAGGAUCACCCCCCCGUACAACCCCAACGUGAAAGGCCCGGCGGACACCCAGCAUAUCGACCCCGAGUUCACCCGCGAGAUGGUCCCUAGCUCUGUGAGCCGGACCCCCGAGUUCAACGCCAGCACCAGCUCCAACAACGCCUUCAACGGCUUCUCCUUCGUCUCCAACGAGGACAGCUUCCUGUGAGGUAGCAGUCACUUCCUGUAGCCGGCACUUCCUGUAGCGCUGAAGACGUCACAUGACCGCGCAUUUAGUCAGGGCGUCGAUGAAUGUGUGAAUGUUAUAAUUGUAAUGAGGGUGUAGCCGUUCAAACUGAAUUUGUGAUUGUGUGGAGGUGGGACGAACCAUUAAAGAGUAAAACACGCAGAGAUGGUCAGGAUUAAAGGAUGUUCUGUUGGGGGUUAAGUCUGGCAUGGAUCUGGGUAAAAGCAAAGCAUCCUGGGAAUCUCCUCGCAUCUUAACUAGAUUUGUUAUUAGUGUAUAUUAAAAUAUGAUAAUGCUUUUGUACAAACAAGUCUACCACAAAAAAACGUUUGAAGGUAAUUGGGUCACAGUUUGUAAUAAGGUUCAGUGGUAAGUCAUUUAUAAAACAAAUCAUCAACAAAACAUAGAUAAGCAAGCCUUUAGAUAAUGAUUAGCUUAUCGUUCACAAAACAUUAAUAUAAAUUUGUAGAAGAUUAAUGAGUGCUAUGUUAAAGGGCCCCUAUUUUUCCCCCAGGUUUGAUGUUGAUGGUCAUUACAAGUCAUAGUAGUCUUAAAAUCCACCCUCUAGUGACAUCAUAAGUGGGCGUGUCCGCCCGGAUGUCUGAUGGGAUAUAUCAGCCACUAACAGUCUGUCUACUUGAUAGGCUGGUUGAUGACAGCACUUCUUAAUCAUCUACAAAUGUAUAUUCAUGUUUUGUUUAUGAUAUCUUCAUCAUUAACUAAAGGCCUAUAAAUGGCAUACCACUGAAAGUUGUUAUAAAGUGUUACCAGUGAAAAUACUACUAGUUAUUCUACUCACUCGACAAAUUCAUUUAAAAAUCAUGGAUUGGAUUCCUUGCUAGUUGUAAUCUCUAAAAUAGUUAACAAUGACUUUGGCAUACUUUUUCACUACACAAUCUGUGCAGAAAACUGUGCUUUUGUAAAUAUUGUAAGUGUAAUGUGUGUGAUGUGACAAGAACUAAGCGCCUUUCCACCUUGGAAUUGUUCCUGAAAAUGUUAGCCUUGUAUAACAUGGUAAUACGGUGGAUUGAAUGUGUUUGGCUUAGUCGACAAUGGACCUUAAAACUGAAACCCUUCGUAGAAUGAACCUGAGCCAACUUGUUUCGUCAUUUUAUAUGAACUAAUGCCAAUGUCAUCACCAAAGGCCUAUGUUGCAGUGUCAUCUAUCAUGUUCUUCAAGGAAAGAGGGGUCGAAUCCAAAGGAAUAGCUUUAAAGAUACUUUAUUUGUAUAAAGUAUUUUCGGUAUGGUAAACUGAUGCUCUGAAGAUAAGAGAGAUUGAAGAUGUGCCUUAGCACGUGCGAGAGUGUUCUCCUAGCUGGUCUAAGACUUUAGCCCACGAAUGUCCUAGCGCUGCCUGGAGAGUUCUGGUGUCUUCAAGAUGUGGAGGCUUUCUUAUGGACUCGGAGGACCGGAAGACUUGGAGAAAACCGGUGGGACGUAAUCCUCGGUUUCCUCGCUUGGUCUGUGGUGCUGCCCUCUGUGGAUAAAGUAUCUAUUGCAGCCUUCAGUAAGGCUCCCCUUGUGGCUAUGUAUGGUAUUUACGGCUAAUAUGUUUGGUCUUCAUUGAGUCUAUGUGUGGGUAGCUUAGAUUCUUAAAAUACGUAACAGUCCCUCCUUGGUCAUCUCAGAUGACCAUACAAUAAUAUUUUAAAUCAUAAACACCAUUUACCACACCGAAAACAGUCAAAUUAGGAUCAACACCAUCUACCGUUGUGGAAAACUCUUGAAUAGAGGGGAAAAACCACAACGGGCUCAUAAUACUGAAAUGGCAUCCACCUUGUGGGUCUCAUUGGAAAUACAGGUCAUUAUUUAACAAUACAACAAUGAACAUAAAUCUUGUUAUCAUAAAAUCACAUGGCCAAAUAUCACACAAACAAAACCAUUCAUAGAAAUCCUGAGCUAAUACUUUUGGUUAUGUGCUACAAGGCCAUACAAUUUUCAUCAUGUGUAAAAGUAAAGUAAAAAUUGGUAGACAUAAUACAAUUUUAAAAUUUCAAAAUAAUUGACAAGCUAUCAUGGAUUUGGGGGGUUCAGGUGAUCUUCGUGUAUUGGUGCGCCGGUUCAUGUGGGUGGUUUGGGCAUAGAUUUAUUGCAGUCAUUGUUUUUUCUGUCGCCGUCUGGCCUGUAAUUCAUGAACCCAAGACUCGUCCCUCCUUGUCAAGGGCUCAACUCAGAGGGGUUACUCCUACAUCAUGGGAGCCUUCAAACAGGUUCUCCGUCGUCGUCGUGUCAGUAACAGGUGGCCUGUAAAACAAUCGCCUCAAAGAAGAUCAACUGUACCAUUAUUAAUGCAGCGAUUCAGAAAUAACGAGUUGUACUCAUAACCAAACAAUACUAUAUAAUAACAAACACAAUUCGUCUUGGUGGUUCAAUAAUUAAUUAUUCAAGUAAAUCCAGGAUGUUGAUUAUCUUAGACACAGGUGCUACAAAUGGUGGCAUUUUAUUCUAUAUAUUGUAAUUGGAUAGGUUCAGGUUCCUCAGGUGGUAUCUCAUUGAAGUUCAACGGAUUAUAUCUGAUUCCUACGUAAGCAUGAAUGUCACCUGGCACUUUUGUGGCGCCCAAUGCUGUGGUGAUCAGCCGAUUCAGUAGCCCUCAUGCGCAGGGAAUACAACAGCAGCCGACAACAAUUAACACGGCUACUGCCAUUAUUCCCGCGAUGAGUACUGACUGGAUCAUACCUCUCCACCUACCAAACAGGUUCUCCAUCCAUCCAGCUAUUGGGUCACCAAUACCGGAGUUCUCGGCCAACUCCAACUUGAGGGAUUGCAGUCCAGCCAAUGCCCUGGCCACGGACCCAUCUGGUGCUGUGUUAUUGGGGAUAAAUGUACAACAUGUUGUCCCUAUCAUCCCGCACACCCCUCCUCGUUCUGCUAAUAACAUAUCUAAAGCUAGCCUAUUCUGAUAGGUCAUCCGGGAGGUGGCAUCCAAUUGUUCGGACAGUCCUUUGACUGCCUCUUCUGUAAAAUUAACAAACCGUUGUUGAUUAUAGUAUAUGUAAUUUAUCCAGUCAACAUUUUUAUUAAUAGUAGACCACCAAAAUAGAACUGAUUCAAAUCCUGCCGCUACCUGAUUCCGGGCUUUAUGUUCGUUGGGGACCCCUCGGGGUACUCCUAUUGCGUCUAUGUAUAUGUUUUUAUCAAAACUACCCGGGACUGGUGCAUACUCUCGUUUCCGACGGGUCAAGUCCGGGAGACCACCGUUGCUGGAUAAUGUGAGAUCCAUCACCGUCUUGCUAUCGGGUAAAAUGUAGAUGGGCAUUAUUAACUGUAUGAUUGCGCAUGUUCCUGAGAAUUCAAAGGGGAGAACUCCCCUGAGGAUCAGACCUCCACAGAACCACCAUAUAUCACUACGGGCACGGGUCAUAUUGGACAACAAUUUUAUCUCUCUAGUGGUGUUACAAGAGUCAAGAGGAAAUGAUCCCACCUUUCUCCCUGUUCCCCUUCCUGUGAUACAAUGAUAGUCCGGAGUUAAAUUAACUUCAAAUCUUGGGGGUAAAGAUCUAAUCGGGGUCUGAGGAUACAUGUUAUUUAGUCUGGAUUUUAUUGCAAUUGUGCACCCUGGGAUGUGGCCGUCCACGAAUAAUUCCAAUAGACAAACAAAACCUUGCGGUGAAUUAUGCGGGGUGAUUCUAGCGGGGGCUGUGGUCAAGGAGGGGCGGCCGGCGGCACAGAUAAUGCAGUUGGUCUUGCCCUGGGCCCGGGCCGUGUAGUUCAUCCAUUUUAACCACAUGUUCUGAUCAAGCUCACCCGUCUUUACCUCCCAAUAUUCUUCGUGCGUCCCUCCAUUUGGGUGCACUACCGGGGGUGGUGAGAGAUGAGGCGCUCCUAAGGAAUCAUACGUCCCUCUAGAUGGAAAUUUAUUGGGACCGCAUGCAACUCCUGAUAGAUGGAUAACUACCUUUAGGUCCUCCCCAUAAGUAUCCGCCCUUAACGUUAGAAAAACCAGGCCUUUGUCUGUCUUAUGAGAUCUGUUUUCGGGAAUGAGUAAAUCUGCCCUUAGCUUUAUGAAUAUUGACUCUCCCUUGACUGCUAGACCAUUAUUGCUCCAGACUUCUUUAUAGCCAUAUAAUCUUCUGGUAAGGGAGAUUCCCUUUUGGAUUUCCUUGUAGUUGGACCUCAGGGGAUAAUAGCCCUCCUUGUACCCAGGAUGGGUAAGCCACGACGCCUGAAACCACGCCCCGCAGGAAUAAUCUCUCAUGUAGCUACCGUCUCGUCUGGUGCUUACGCACAUGUACUUUUCUGCCUGGUAGACCUGGUCCUUCCUGGUCCCACAGGGCAGCAUAUCACAAAAAUUCAGCUCAAAGAUACUUUCUAUCCCUCGACAGUACUUUAACGAGACCUGACCUGUUGUUGUUGGUUUAGGCGGUGGGUACCUGGCGAUGUUGUCUCCCGCUCCUUCUUGGAACAGGACUACCAGAAGGAAUCCUACCAGGUACUUUCCUAAGGGCACGCUGUGGCCCAUCGUCUUGGGAUGAGGGGUGUUUGUACUUGGCUUGGAGUGCAGCUAGGUCGGUCAGGGUCUCAGUCCACGAUCUGCCAGGAGUAUCUGCUUUGCGGCACCGGCUCAGGUGGUGCCACUGGGCCCCACGUCGGUCCUCUACAGAAACAGAAAAGGGUUUGGCCAAGAAUACCUUGUAUGGCCCCUUCCACCGGUCUUCUAGGUCUUUCGAUGGUGUUUUUUCACCCAGAUCCACUCGCCAGGUGUCACCGACGUUGGUGAAGGAUUCUCUGGAUCGGACGGCUUCUGGUCUGUGAUCUGUCUUGCUACACAACUUUCAAUCCUUGAUUUAAUAUUCACACUACAUCCCUCCUUGCGCAUUGC